GUUUAUGAAUAGCGGUAAUGAGUUAAUUCUGAAUAUACGAAUAUCACUUUCUCGUUUUGCGCGAGUGUUUGAAUGUUGUUUAGUAAAUGCAGGACUCAUGAAAAACUGUGUAUUUGUUUUACCAACUGUUUGGAAAACUUUCGCACUUAGGUGUUUGUGGGGGCUGUAGUUCACAAAGUUUCUUGUGGCGUGACCAAAGUGGCGUGAUGGAGCUUAUCACUUUCCAAAAAGCUUAAGCACAGAAUGUAAAGGCAUUUAAAAAACUCUAAAUAUGGACUUGGAGACUUUAAAGUUUAAAACCCCUACUUCCUGUCAACUUUCAUACCCAGUAUUUUUUAUCUUUAUCUUUUUUUAAAUGUGCAAACCUAGACUUGUGUAAACGUAUUUAUCAGUUUUUUAAUGUAGACGCAAGUUAUUUAUAUGCCUGUCUAGUUAUAUAUAUAGCAAGUUGUGUAUGUAAAUAUUUCUGUCUUGUAAAGUGUUUGGAUUUUAAGUUGUUACCGGUUAUUGCAAAGUUUUACAGUUCUGCAUCUGUGGCAAGGUUGCCAGGUAAUUUGGUUUUACAAUCACUUUCACCUUACAAUGUUAUUAGUAAGUUUAAGUGGGUGGAAACAAGUAUUUAUCUUAAAACUAUCAGAUAAAAUUCACCCACACUUCACUUAAAUGUGCUGUACUGAGGCGGAACCUGCAUCUGAUUGUUGUGAUACAAAAUCCCAUGUUGGUUCCAGUAGAUGAGUUGCAAUGUUUCCUGUAAACUCAGAAACCUGCCACAUUCAGGCAGUCUGGAAAUGAUAUGUUCCCUCUUCUUCUGAAAGCAUUUGGUUUUUUAUCGGUAAAAGUUUCUUAAUGACAAAGCCUGUGAGAGCAAAUGCGGCUCAUCAUUUAGAAAACAGAACAGAAACUCACAACUGUAAACAGAGUUUCAGAUACAGUCAACAGAGAACAUAAUCUCUGUCACCAUCAGGUUUGCAGUCAUAAUCACAAUAAUGUUUUUGUGCAGAUUUUUGCUGUUUUUGUUUUUUUUAAAAACAUGCAUUUUUCGACUUUAUUUUUGUACACCAAAUAGUUGUAAUACAUAACUUAAUCUAGACAUCAGAAGAAAAAAAUUCUCCCCAUCUGCCUGGAAUAUUAUUUAAUUCCUCGUGCGUCAUAAACAUUCAUAUAUUCGAAUCCGUUCUAGCUAUUCAUUCAGCAGUUUACCAGAUUCGGUUCUCAGUCUAAACAGAAGAAUAAGAUCCACAUGAGUUGUCUGAUAAGGCGCGUUUGAAGUGAUUGAAAAGCUUGAGGUGUAUUUGAAAUGUAAAUGACUCCACAUCUGUGAGCCCUUUGGAGAGAAGCAAUAGAUCAGAGCUGUAUAGUCAGGAACUUUACGGCUGACAAAUGAAUUUGGGCCUCGGUGGAGGGAGAAAGCAGCAGUGGGGGUCUUCCAUUUGUUCUUCGUGGCUUCUGAGUUUGCACAACUUCUUUUGGGCUAACUUCUUGCCGCUUUGAGAUUCGCCACUUGUGUCCCUGCGGCAGAUUCAUGUGGCGUUGGUGCCGUUGAAUAAAGAGCAUGUAGAGAAAAUAAAUUGCAGAGGACUUUUUUAGUGACAGUGAUAGAGAAUGAAUCACGUUAGCAUACUAAAUCCAGGUGUUUGCUUGUAAGGAAAUAUAAUUAGUUUGACUACUACAUGAAUAUGUUUUUUUUUGUUUUCUUUUGUUGAUUGAAACGCUUAUUUGCUUUUUGUGUUUACGGCUGCGUAAGUUACUUGUGUAUUACUCCAAAGUUAACACAAGCUUUCAUAAACUAAUCUUAAGAGUUCAGUAAUGAAAACAAUUUAAAUUGUUUUUAAAAAGUGACAUGGUCAAAACUUUUCAUUCAUCUGAAUCUUACUUUUUAAAAAGAAAACAUUUCUUUCAGGAUUUUUUAUCCUCCGUGUGAGCAAGCAACAGUCUUCGAACCUUCGUCGCUGCUCGUGUUUUGAAAUGACACAUGAAUGACUUUAUAGAAAUUCCUUCUUGUUUUUUGGUGCCGAGACUUUCACUGGUGGUUAGAAAUAUAGAGACAAGAAACUUAAGAUUUUUUUGUAACUGCCUGAUGAAAUGCCAAGGUUUAUAGAGAGACGGCCCUUGAUCAUUUGAAAUCAUAAAAGCUUUUAUUACAUAUUCGAUUUAGCUUGCACAUGAAUAGAAUUUUUUCCUCCAUAUUUUUUUCUGGAAUUAAAAAGCCACAGAUCAUAGCGGUCGCUUUUUUGUCUCGUGUGCUUUUCAUUCUGUUUUUGGUUGUUUUCGAAGAGACUAAAAGACCUUGUUAUGUCGCUCCGGAUGUGUAGUUUAGUAUGUAUAUUGUGAAAACUUACAACCCCCCCAAUAUUGUCAUGAUUUUAAGGUAAGAGGUAGUCACCUUGGAUGCUGUAUGAAUUAAGUGCUUGGAAUGUAAGCAUUUCUUCUUUUGCAAGAAUUUUUUUUCUCACACCCUGUCUGUCUCUGUGGGAAUAAAACACAGACCUUUGACCUGUUGUGUCAUAGCAAGCUCUUUAAUCCUGUAAUGAAUUACAUCUUCAGCUUCUGUUGUAUUUAUUAAUAAUAGGCUAUAUGAGACCAAUUUUCUUUUAUUGCACUUAUGCUUUUUGUUGUCCUUAUGUUGUUCUAAUUGCUUCCAUUGUUUCCCUCAUCUGUAAGUCGCUUUGGAUAAAAGCGUCUGCUAAAUGACUAAAUGUAAAUGUAAUAAUAUAAUUAGAAUUUUCUUAUAACUCUCAAACCUUGACUUGCACACACGACUCUUCCGUGAAGUCUAUUUAACAACUCCCACAGAUAAGCAACAGUUUAGGUUACCACUCUGACUCUGUCAAAGCAGUUUGACAUCACUUGUUAGGCUAAUUAUGUGGCGUGUAAUAUUUUAGUGGUUAUACAUCUGGUAAAGUUUGGUGGUGACUGAAAACUCUCCGUAUUCCCAGUAGAGGGGUACUGUAGGUUGCACUGCAAGAAAUGAAAAAAGUUCCCCUGAAUCUUCAUUCUUACUCAUGAACAAAAAUAGAUCUGGUGCUCGUGUAGGAAUGUGUGCCAUAAAACUUUCUGGUUGGAUGUGUUGAGAUUUUGUCAGAUUGUGACGUUGGAUUAGCUUUUAAUACGUGUUGGAUAAAUUUGUCUCUGUCAAAACCUAGUUAGUAAAUCAGUACAUAUUUAUUUUAAAUGAACACGGCUCUUGUCAGUUUAAUAGCUCCAUCCUUCUCGCGCUGUUCUUCUUUUGCUACUAUCUGAAAGUUUUCGUGUCAAAUCCUCCAGCAGUUGCCCACUUCCUUUCCACUCUGACCGUGCCCAGUUUAGUCCGUCCGCCGUUCCUCCUGCGAGCUCCUCUCACCGGCCCCUCUGGAACGUUGAUGAGUCAGUUUAGCCUUCUUUUCUUUCUCUCUUUCCCUUACUGUCGCGGUGUGUGUUCUCUUACCUCGCAAACAGGUUUUCGUUUUUCUUUAUUUGUCUAUUUUUUCCUUUCCACCUCAUGGUGGCUGAACGUUCUCUGUCUGUGUGGUCUGGUGAAGUUGACUCUUGCUAACCUGAGACAGGUCGAACAGAACGGGUCGAAGAAAUGGUUCGUGUGGGGGAGGGGGGCUUUUACUUGUGAAUGUUUGUUUUCCUGUUUCCAAUUUGGUCGGCCAGAGGGCCUGUACUGUCAGAGCUCCCAUUCAUGAAACCUGUUGUUAGACCGCCUGAGUACAUGACAGGAUUUCUCCCGGCUCUUUGUGUAUUGCGGUGUUCAUGUUGCUGUUACGGCGUUUGAUUUUUUCCCAAGAUUCCAGGUCUUACGGUAGAUCCUGCGUGAUCACGAAGAGCCGUGUGGUGUGGUCACCCUUCGCACCCAGGAUCAUCUGCACCUGUGAGGUCUUCUGAGAAGAGGAAGUACAGGACGGCACGCUUCAUAAACGGCACGUAUGAAGACGACGCAAGGCUAGUAAACUCGGUGAACGCCGCAGGAGAAAAUGGAAUGAUUCCUAGGCCAGAAUGGAUGUGGAAUAAAGGAUACCUCAGAGGAAAAGGACUCCUCAGGGAAGCGCCUUUGGAUACUCUGCCAACUGUUAUCUGCCUCCCUGUUGGAACUGAGUGUGAUAAUGCUAUAACCCAAUGCUUAACGGAGAUAUGGUGCGGAAAAAGAAUCCCCCUUUGAGAAGCUUCGGUGGCGAGGAAGAGGACGGAGAGGCCGUGGCGGCCGAGGCCACAGGCCCGGAAACUGGAAACGGCGAGAGUCAGGCUUCUGAGCCCGACGGGUCGGUAAACGAGGAGCGUGAGGAGCCGUCGUCCCCUGGCCCCAUCAAACCAGACAGGCCCGAUUUCUCCAGCCACAAGCAGGCAGCCGAGACCAGGCUGCUAGACUCUACUGCUUCCCCAAUGCACUCUGAUCCAGAAGAAAAAGGGGACCCGCUGCAGAUUGAGGCUGAAGACGGCGAGAACGACCUGAAUGGCCUGAGGUCCACCGCCCGGUUAGGCUGCGUUAUCGUACAGGGCUGCACCAGUAAUGGAGAGGAGAAGGACUUAGACCGCAGCCCACAGGCAUUGAUGGGCUCUGUCAGCCCUCAUGGAGCGAGUCUAGAGGGUUCCAAUAUCCCUCCCGUUAUGCUUCAUCCCCAAAGGCCUAUAGGGGGAGUGGAGGAGGCCUCUAGCCCGCUGGGAGCCGAGACUGGAGCUCCUCCACCCACCUCACCCAAGCUACAGGACUUUAAGUGCAACAUCUGUGGGUACGGUUACUAUGGAAACGACCCCACGGACCUAAUCAAACACUUUCGUAAGUACCACCUGGGCCUGCACAACCGGACGCGACAGGACACUGAGCUGGACAAUAAGAUCCUCGCCCUUCAUAACAUGGUGCAGUUCGCCGCCCAAUCUCAGCCCAAAGACUCGGUACGGCUCCUUGGCCAAUCAGCUCAGAGCGGCUCUGUGGCAGAAGCAGGGUCGCCCCGGUCCUCCGUACUCAAUGGCACCUAUGACGUACAGGUGACGUUAGCAGGUACCUUCAUCGGAAUCGGGAGGAAGACGCAGGACUGUCAAGGCAACACCAAGUACUUCCGCUGUAAGUUCUGUAACUUCACCUACAUGGGAAGCUCCUCGGUGGACCUAGAGCAGCAUUUCCUGGCCACCCACCCUAACAAGAUGAAGAGUCCACCUCCGUCCAACCCCAGCCCGGAGGAGAAGUCCUCUGAGAGGAAGGGGAACGGCAUGCCACGCAUAGGAACGGACGAGCAAGGGAAGUGGACAGAUCGGGUGGCAGUGAGGGCGGAGGAUGACACCGUGGCCGGAUACUCUGUGCCAAUCAGGGCGUCAGACUCCCCCACCCAUACGGGAGGUGACACCCCAGCAGCGUAUUACUGGUGCAAGUACUGCAGCUUUAGUUGCGAAGCCGUCAGCAGCUCCACACUUCUGGAGCACUAUGAGAAAAAACACGGUCAGGGGGCCGUCAGGGUGGGAAGUCCGGGAGACACGGACAAAAAAGUGGGAGACUCCCAUCUGCGGAAAAAGGAACACCAGAGCGGAAAGACCGGUGGAGCAGGCGAUCCAGAAACGGUGGUGACUAGUUACAACUGCCAGUUCUGUGACUUCCGUUACUCGAUGACUCACGGUCCGGAUGUGAUCGUCGUUGCUCCGCUCCUGCAUCACUACCAGCGAGCCCACAGCAUUCACAAGUGCACCAUCAAGCAUUGCCCCUUCUGCCCGCGUGGGCUUUGCACUCCCGAGAAGCACCUGGGGGAGAUCUCCUACCCCUUCGCUUGCCGUAAGAGCACGUGCUCGCACUGCGCUCUUCUGCUGCUGCAGCUAACAGCCGGGGGGAACGCGUCCCCGUCCCCACCGGCCCCCAGAGCGUCCGUCACCCACUUGUGUGACCAGUGCCCAUUCACCUCAACUGAUAUUGACUUGCUUCUGUUGCACUAUGACAGCGCCCAUGUCCCACACAACUUACUGGAAGUCAAACCAGAGGUGGAGGGAUCAGGGGAUGGAGGGGUUGGGCCGGGGCGGGACCAGCCUGGAGAGUACGCCUGCACUAAGUGCCAUUUCUUUACCGAAGUGGAGGAGGAGAUCUUUCGUCACUACAGGAGGGUUCACGGCUGCUGCCGUUGCCGCCAUUGUAGCUUCACUGCCACAGACACCACAGCACUGCUGGACCACUUCAACUCCGCCCACUGCCAGGACUCCGUUGACCCCGCCUCCGCUCCUGCCAACGGCUGCUCUGCCCCUUCAACCCUCCGCAUCAAAGAGGAGAGCAAAGGUGAUCUGAAACUCUAUAGCCUGGUGCCUCCAGAGGCCAGCAGAGCCGAGCCGCCACCGGGCUUAGACGGCAUGAAGAGUGAGACCCAGGACGAGAAAGAGAAGGCCUGGGUUGAUGCUCUAGGCGGUGGAGUCCGAGGUGGGGAGCAGCAUGUGCAGAGUCUCGUAUGGGUGCCUAAAGAACGUGCAGGGGAGAUUCUGAGAGGCAGCCCGGCCCCGUUCCCUCAGGCAACGCUGGGUUUGCUGAACGCAGUGGCAGCCGGGGUCAAAGACCAGCAGCAGAAGGGGGCGGCCAUGCUUAGGGACUCAUCGGGGCUGCUGUACAGCCUCAGCACAAAUGCAAAAAGUUACCUUCCUGGGACGCCACCAAGCGGCGGAGAGAAAACUGGGCAGUACCCAGCCUCUACAGAGGGCAAGAGUGCCAAGGAAGAGUCUCAGUCACUUUUACGGAGACGACGGGGUUCGGGGGUCUUCUGCGCCAACUGUCUGACCACCAAGACCUCACUGUGGCGGAAGAAUGCCAACGGCGGCUACGUGUGCAACGCGUGUGGCCUGUAUCAGAAGCUGCACUCGACCCCCAGACCGCUGAACAUUAUCAAGCAAAACAACGGUGAGCAGAUCAUCCGGCGACGGACACGCAAGCGCCUCAACCCUGAACCCGUACCAUCUGAGCAGGUGGGGUCCAAGCAGCAGCGCGUGAACAGCGAGGAACGUCUCAACGGCAGCCCCUUAGAGAGAAGGUCUGAGGAGCCAGGAUCCGAUGGGUCACGUGCCGAGGCCCAAGUUCAGCUGGGCAAGUACGAAGCUUACGGUCCCUCCGGUCCCAAAAGUCAUCCUAGUCCCCGAUCCACACAUGCCUUCCUCGUCAACCAGACGCUGGAGAUCCACAAGCGUAUGCCUCCCCUGCAUAUGCACAAAAGCCCUGCAGACGGAGGGGCAGAGGGGAACGGGCUUAGUGCGGGACCCCAGAGCGGGGACGGUAAGGGUGGCUCAGAGCGGGGCAGCCCUAUCGAGAAGUACAUGCGUCCGUCCAAGCAGGCCAGUUACUCACCCCCUGGGAGCCCUAUCGAAAAGUAUCAAUACCCUUUCUUCAGCCUUCCGUUCCUCCACAGCGACCUGCAAAAUGAAGCGGACUGGUUGCGUUUCUGGACUAAGUACAAGAUGUCCGUGCCAGGCAACCCGGGCCACUACUUGGGCCACGUGGCCGGCCUACCCAAUCCGUGCCAAAGUUUUGUGCCUUACCCCACCUUCACUUUACCGCCUCAUUUUCCACCACCGCCCCCUGCUGGACCCGAGAGCGACACUCCACUCGAUCUGGCCAUCAAACAUUCCAAACCCAGUCCGACACCCAACGGGGCCCUCGUUGCCAAGGAAACAGCCACGGGUGAGAAACGUGCCUCGCCCAUCUCAGAACAGGAGAUGGAACGGCAAGAAGACGUCGACGAGGACAGUUCUGCUUCGCAAGUCGCCAAACCGGAAAAGGUGGAUCAGGCCACACAGGAUGAUCUCUCCAGCAAAUGUGCCCACUGUGGCAUCGUCUUCCUGGACGAGGUACUCUACGCUCUGCACAUGAGUUGCCAUGGCGAUGGUGGGCCAUUCCAGUGCAGUAUCUGCCUGCAUGCUUGCACUGAUAAGUACGAUUUCACCACACACAUCCAGCGAGGCCUCCAUCGGGCAGCCCCCGAGGCAAACGGCAACCCCUCCAACCAAUGAGCUUUAUGGCCUAGUUUACUUGCAGUCCUAGUACAACUAGAGCAGUGAGGAAACCCAAUAAGAGACCCAAUAAGAAACCAAUGUACGACAUGGAUGCAUUUAACUUUUUGCUCAAAAUGUGCCAAGAUGGAUCAUGGUGCCUAAGCAACCAACGGAAGGAACUUCAAUCAGCAUAGCAUUUCUGUGGGAGCUCUCUCUCUCAUACAGACAAAAAUGAGUUCCAUUUAAGAACUUUUGAACUGCUUUUGAAGAAAUCGGUACAAGUAGCUACUCUCUAGAUAUAUUUUCUUUAAUCCAGAUAAGUAAUUUCGACAAGGCAGUUCAGCAAGCAAGGUACAUCUACUCAAAUUUAAUUAUUGUUUGUUUGUUUCAUUGUUGUGGUGUGUAUUCACACAUUCAUGGAAAGUUCUCUUACCUGACGAAAAACAAUGAGGAUGUUUCUGCAUGUGUGGCUCAACAUAGGAAAAACGUGGCAGCCGUCUGUCACUAUGGCAACAGGAUAAAUGAUCGUCGUCCUCAAACAAACAUCCAGCAUCCUCAGGGAAUGUGUAUGGCUGAAAUAGACAACAUUAGUUAAGUCUUUCUGUCUAGUUAACAUUAUACUAAAUGUCUUAUGGUUUCGUGUUUGUUUGGUUUCAGAGGUAGGAUUUCGUAACUCGAGUCAUCAAAACUUUUAAGCUGCUGCCUUAGUUGCUGGGAUGCAAUUCUUAUUACUCUAGAAGUUUGGGAAGGAAUAAAAAAUAUUUUUUUCUAGGUUGUUAAUAGUAAAUCAUAUUAUCAGUGCCUGAUAUUGUACAAAGUAUUUUCUACAUGAAAUGUUGAUAUGCAACAUUGCAUCUGAAUAAGGGCCCUGAGCUCGGCUCUGAAAAACGUUUACAUUUGCAAAUGUAGCAAACAACGUAAUGAAGCAACACAUGUUAUAGUAAACUCUUUUUUUUUCCACGAAAACAGUAAGACAUCAAAAUACAUUUCCUAUUACAUUUCCUUUCCUCCAAAGGUGGGACAUUAAACAAAAGAACUACGUUUUUUAUCUUUGGCCACCAAAGGGCACUAUUCAUUCCAAGCAUUGUCUCUUUCUGUUUCAUGUACUUGUGCUUCAUAGUUGAUGAAGUAGCUUGUUGUAUUGGACUGAAGUCUUCCUGUAUGUUUCUCUGCUCUUCUGAUGCUUCAAGGGAAGCCAAUCAGGCUGUGCUUUAUUUUGUUAUUUUUAAGAGCCAGAGCUCUACAAUACAAACACAAAUAGCAUCCAGUGAGUCAAAAUGUUAUGACACCUCUAAAUCCCAGAACAUUUUCUGUGCUCGGCAUUAGUGGAAUUGGAAACACCUUUGAAUUUUUGUUCAAAGUGUAGUGUUGAUGAAAUAAUUUCAGGUGUUUCUGGUGCCUUUCAAUAGCAGUUGUCUCAAAGAGACAUAACAUUAUUAUUUAUAGUCUAGUUUCACCCAUCUGUGUUUUGCUCUAUGCUUCUUUUGCGAAUUAUUAUCUAGAGUGGACGACCGUCCACCCAAACAAUUUAAAAACGUCUAUUUUUAAAUAAUAAUGAGCUCAGAAAUAAUCUCUAAUUCCAGACAUUAUUUAUCAAGUCAACAGCUUGGCAUAUUACAAAGACGUUUAUAUAUUUUUUACAGCUUUCCAUUUUAUUUUAAUGGAGGGAAAGAAAAACAUGUUUUUACAGAAAUUAUUUGGACUCCCUUGGCAGAUUCUGGUUUUGUUUGCAACUUUAGCCUGCAUUUUUGUUGUACUUGUCCUACACGCCUCUUUCAUGGGUUCAAUAAGUUGGACCUGGUCUGAUUUAAUGCAGACAUUAUUUAUAUAAACUGGGGAGAGAUUCAGGCUCAAUGUCUCCAAUUUGCUUUCUGUAUGUUUCUCUGAAACUAGCCUUACAACGCUGCUUAACUGCAAAUGCCUCUUGAAAAAUAACUGAUAUUGUUUAAAUCGUCGCUUUUCACCAGACCAUUUAUCCAGUCGGGUAUUAAAUAACAUAAGGAAUUCUUUAUUUUUUAGUAUUUUCUUUCUCUUAAUGGCAAUUUUCAUUUUAAUUUGAAAAUGUUAAUGCUUGCACUUCAGUUACUCUGUUUAUUGCAAAGGAAGGAAGAUGAAAUGUGUUAUUAGCAUGCUAAGUACAGGUACUGCAUUAUAAUAAAUGAAAGAGAUCUUGCCUAUUUUGUGAAGGUCUUGGCAAUAUUGAAACAUUGACUAUUUGAUGGAGCCUGGAAGCUCGUUUGGCCAAGGUCACUGCGAAGGGCAUAAAUAUGUAAAUGUUUUAACCAUUAUUCUUAGAAUGUUAUUGUUUUUACACUUGCUGCAUUUAAAGUGCAUAGAUGAUGAUUUAGGAUUUUUUUCAGCUGUCACCUUAACUAUUUUUUGUUUCCUUUUGUUUUUGUGUGUGGUAGGUUUUUACAUGCAAAAAAGAUUCAACAAAGAUGGCAAAGAUGUCUGUUACAUCUAAACUUGAAUAAUAAUAAUGACAAUGAUAAUAAUAAUGAUAAUUAAUAAAAUAAAACAU